GGCAUGACAAAAUGACGGAGCACAUCCCUUGCCGAAUCGGACAACCGUGCCCCUGGGUUUUCAACUUCCGACUGCAGUUUGCAGUUUAUGAGGACGACCCGAUUGAAAUGAUCAAGUUCUAAAAUAUUUAACAUUUUCCCAUGUUCAAUGAGACUCGGUCUCCGCGAUUCACACGCUCCAUGCCGUUCUCCGAAAGAAAUCCAUUCAUCUUCUGGCUCGGUUUUCCUUUUCACACCAUAAACUCAUUUCAUUCACACGCCCCUGACCCCUCCACUCGCUGGGUCUACGCUCCCAUACUUUUUAUUUAUUCUUUUGUCUGUUUUCUUUUUCUUUUUUGUCUAAUGGGGUUUUUGGUUGUUGAGCUAAAUUCCAGCUGCGUAGUAUUGACUUGCCGUGGAUCGUGGAGUGCUCGUCGUGUCCCUGGAUACGCUCAUCUCUCUUUCUCGGUCUUUGAGUUUGGCUCGGAAACUCCUAGAAUAAAGUUCUUUGAUUGUUAUAAAAUUGUUCCUUCACUUCUAUCUAUUUGAAUUGUAUGAGAGGUAAGUCUUCCUGUUCUUCUUAUCAAUUUAUCAUUUGUUUUCUGUGUUUUAGCCUGCUGAAUUUCUGAAACUGAUGUUUUAUAAUUGAAUUCCCCGGAUUCAUUCCCGGGAUUCUGAGUAUUCAAGUGAGAAAGUUGUAGGGUAGCAAUGAAAGUUGUUAAGUUACCAUAGGGUGACGAUGUGAAUAUAUUUAGCUGCUUGACAAUGGUGGAGAUUGCAAAGAAACGGUCGAUUACUUUUCUGAGCUCAGCCCUAACCCUGAGUGAAGGGGAUUUCUUGAAGGGCAGUAGGAAACUCAAAAGUGAUGAGCUAUAUAUUCCAAGUAUCACACUUCUUAAGUCGAGAAAUGCUUUGGCCACAAAGGGAUUUUACAAAACGAAGAAAUCAGUUUUGAGAGGCCAUGAAGUGUUUUUCUUUCCCCAAUAAAGAGAAAAAUGAUGAACCAGGGACGAUAAAGUCUAUUUCUGUUCGGUCCACCUCCACAUCCAUGUCCACAGACCAGGAUACGAGGAGAUCUGGUUCUGAAUUCAAUUCUCAGAACGUCUCAGAAUUAAGCACUGCAUCCUCUGUCAAGUCAUUUGCAAUCAUGUCUCAAAGACAAAGUAAUCUCAGAGAAUUCACGUUCUCAGAGAUGAAGACGGCCACAAAGAGUUUCAGCCGCUCUGUCAUGAUUGGAGAGGGUGGGUUUGGUGGUGUAUAUAGGGGUGUUAUCCGGAGCACAGAUGAUCCUCAUAAAAAGAUAGAUGUCGCUGUUAAGCAACUAAGUAGAAGAGGAUUGCAGGGCCAUAGAGAGUGGGUGACAGAAGUAAACGUUUUAGGGGUUGUUCAACAUCCAAAUCUUGUUAAAUUAUUGGGCCACUGUUCUGAGGAUGAUGAAAGAGGGAUCCAGAGGCUGCUGGUAUACGAAUACAUGCCCAACAGGAGUGUGCAAGAUCACUUAUCAAGCCGAUUUCAGACACCUCUUUCGUGGGCCACAAGAAUGAGAAUAGCCCAGGAUGCUGCUCGCGGAUUAGCAUACCUCCACGAAGGAAUGGAUUUUCAGAUUAUCUUUAGGGAUUUCAAGUCUUCAAAUAUUCUUUUGGAUGACCAAUGGAAUGCAAAGUUAUCGGACUUUGGAUUGGCCAGGUUGGGGCCUUCAGAUGGAUUAAGUCAUGUCUCAACUGCGGUUGUAGGAACAAUUGGAUAUGCGGCUCCUGAAUAUAUUCAAACUGGGCAUCUUACAUCAAAAAUUGAUGUCUGGAGCUAUGGUGUUUUCCUUUAUGAACUCAUCACUGGCAGGCGCCCUUUUGAUCGGAACCGCCCCAAGAACGAGCAAAAAAUGUUGGACUGGGUCAGGCCACACCUGUCUAAUAUGAAAAAAUUUGAGCUGAUUUUGGACCCCAAACUCGAAGGAAAGUAUUCGCUUAAGUCUGCUCAAAAGUUAGCUGCUGUAGCCAACCGCUGCCUGGUGCGGCAGGCUAAAUCACGCCCCAAAAUGAGUGAAAUCUUAGAGAUGGUGAACAGAAUUAUGGAGACAACAGAUAUUGGAGUCCCCGAACACCCCAUCAUGAGUUUAGCUGCAGAAGAAGACUCCAUAGAAUCCAAAAGAGAACGUUUAAAGAGAAUCUUUUUGGAUCCACUUACAGGAGAAAAUAGUUGUUUGAAUUGUGGAACAUGGAGACCUAAGGUUGUCAUGUUUAACAUGCUUGGUAGAAAUGAAUGACCUGAGAAGUAAUACCUUAUUUUUGGGGGGGGGAAGAAGAGAGGGGGGGAGUUGUAAUGGGCUGGGCCCUCUCUCCAUCCCACCCAGCUCCUUCGCGAGGAGAGUGGAUACGUGAGUCAGGCACAAGGCUUAGCUGAUUUUGACAAUUACUCCGUGCAUUAUGUAUUGUGCAGUACUGGAUUGAAUAAACAUAGACGAGUCAUGAGUGCAUGUAUAAACAUAGAUGGUGCUCUAUACUUGCUCAUUAUUGGCCUCGAAACUUAUUAUUAUUAUUUUUUAUAUACCAAAAACUUUAUAUCA